CAUGAUUUUGUUCAGUCCAAAAUGUUAGUCGUUACUUUGGAUCUAAAUGAUUGGAGAAGUAAGAAGUAAAGUAAAUCCCCUAAAUAGGAGUAAAACAUGUAUCAUAUCUUUAUAAUAGGAGCUCAAACUUAAACUCCUCAAAAUAGAAAUAGGACUAAUUAAAUAAGUAAUGGGUGAUGUAGAUGCUAAUGUUAUUCGAUCAAAUGAGGGAGCGAGAACUUGGUCGGCGGUGCAGCUUCUAUGGGUUGGAGACGGUGGUCUUUUACUGCCGCCCCGAUUCGGCCGUACUCCAGUAGGCUUUGCAAACACCAUAUCACUUGCCGGCGCAAGCUUACGCCCAUCGCCGCCGUCUUCAUCCAAACCCUUCGCCUCCCUAAGCACUUCCACUCAUUCUAUUGACAUGUAUAGCAAGUCAACUGUAGUAUGGCACUAGUGAUGGUUACAUGUCCUGGUGGUGUCGGUAGCAAAGAAGGAGACUUAGUGGUGUUGGCAAUGACAUGCGAAAUCAUCAACAAUAGCUAAUUGCACCACAGUGGGACACGAGAGAGCAAAGAUAGGGGUGUGUGUAUGUUGUUAGAGGUGAUAGAAGAGUAGCAGAGCACGACGACAUGACGGAAAGGGCCGUGGGGCAAGGAGUGCAGCAAAGCGUGGCGGCGUUGGCGGCAGGGGGAAAGAGCCGGCGGCGUUGACAUGUAAUAUUGCUCGGCGUUAGCAUAUUUUUGUAUGGUACUUCGUGUAUGUCAAUAACAUUUUACUCAUAUC